ACAUAAUCUCCCUGUUGACAAUCUCAGAGAACAGAGGAUCGCGAAUGAAUGUCUACAUGGUGUGAUUAGUUUGGAGGACCUGAGUCACGCCUCGGAUGGCAUCAUCGACUGGGUGUUGACCACCACCACUGAAGUUCUCCUCCCUUCCAUCUCCCUGUGCAAAGCUCUGAGAAGCAGAGCCACCUCCAGAUCCUCUAGGACCUCCUCCAGCACCAAGCAGGAUCCACAGAGAAGGACCCCAUCAGAGGCCUCGCUGCUACAGGCCCCAUCAACAUCAACAACACCUCCACACUCUGGUGCCUCCCAGAGAGAGUGAGAAUCAUCCACAAAAUGUCCAGCUUCCUCACAGGGCAGGGUGAAGCUACUGGUCGCCUUCUGGGGAGACAGCCCCUUGGAUCUCUUUUAGGUGGAGAGGUGAGGACGGAUGCUGAGUUAGAACACAUGGCCAGCAGGGUAUUGGCUGUGGUUCUACAGGGGGUCUGGACUAUGACAUCAGAAGGCACCAGCGACCCUGAGAUGGGGGCUCUUCUCUCAGGUAUUCUUAAGAACAUCCCCAUGGUGUUGAAUUCUGCUGUAGCUGCAGCUAGAGAAAGCUCUGAAAGUCAGAGUCGCUUGGAGAUGGUUGACAUUGGACAGAGAAUCAACCCAGGGUCUUUCCUCUCAGACGAGCAUAUCAGCCGCAUUUGCUCAGACAUGGUGACCAGCGCGUACAGCACCGCCAGGUUCUCUGUGUUGGAGGACAAAUCUCUAGGCUUCACUGAUGACAGAACCCUGUCUCCUCCAUCACCGCUGUGUCAGAAGUCGCAGUGCUGCCUGACAGCUGGGGAAGAGACAGGCAGGGCUCCCUCUCUCUCAUGUUCCUCACACUGCAGCCAGACGUCAGGGCAAAGUACUGCCUCCUCCUCCUCUGAUCGUCAGAGUCCAGAUGAGUUCUUCACUCCUGAGGUGAAGCAGAGGAUUAUCAUGGCUGUGGAGGAGAUCAUCACAGAGGGCAGUGAGGACGAAGCCUCUGGAUCCACUGAGCUGUGUGAAGCUGUGUCACUAGGCUCUCGCUGCACCACUCCCACUACCAGCCUGGCAGCCAGCAACAUUUUGUCUGUUGUUCUGCACAGCCUAAAGGACAAUAUUGGUGCUGUUCUGUCCAAAGAGGUCGCCAGGCCAGAGUUGGAAAAGGCUAUCAGCCAAAGCCUGGUCAACUCUGUGAUGGUGACCCUGAAAAGUCUGCUGAUGCUAGAUGCCCAGUUUCCUGUGGUGCAGGGGGACAACUCAACCCUGAAGACCACAGAGCAGAUCCCACAUGGAACCAUGGAGACCCCAGAGCUGAUCCCAGCUAUAACCAUGGAGAGCUCAGAGCUGAUCCCAGCUGUAACCCUGAAGACCACAGAGCAGAUCCCACAUGGAACCAUGGAGACCCCAGAGCUGAUCCCAGCUAUAACCAUGGAGAGCUCUGAGCUGAUCCCAGCUGUAACCAGGGAGACCUCAGAGCUGAUCCCAGACAGAACAAUGGAGACUCCAGGGUGUUCCUCAAACAUAGCUGUGGAUAAGAACCACAUCUCCCUCCAAGAUGAAGACAUGGCUUAUGAGGCCAACAUCACCGCCAACUCUAUCUUUUCCUCCAUCGUGGAUCUGGUGAAUCCCAAAAUGGACAGAAGGUCCACCUCAUCCAGUGGGGGCUCUCAGUAUACAUGCCCCAUGCGUGCCUUCCUGGACUCCAAGGACCUAGCGGGGUUCCUUCGGAGUCCUAACCUCCGCCGCUUCUCUCAGCAACUGAUCUGGCACGUGGCGCAACUGAUCCUGGAGUCUAAAAUGGCGAAGACGAAGUCUGUGAGAAAGUGUUUUUCAUACACGACAGUUGACAACCGGAGUGGAGGCCUUGACUUGUCCACAGAGUUCUCUAAUGAGCUCCUCUACAGCUUUGUGGAGGGGGCGGUCAAGAACCUUCUGGAGACCUUCCUGAGUGUUCCACACAGCCCUCCUGUGGAAUCUUUCAUGGAGGAUUACAGCUGCAUGGAAGAGAGGAACUGGGUGGUCUCUCCCACCCUCUCCCGAAGCAGUAGUGCAUGCCUGGAGAAUGAUAAUGACUCCACAAUCACACAACAGUCAGGCGAAGUGGGCAUCAUCAAGCCCAGCUCUAGGAAAACCAUCAAUGCUCUUCUAUCUGACAUGCUCAUUGACAGUGUCAGAGAACAUCUCCAAGAGGGUCGUGAUGAGGCUGAGCUUGAUCAGACUGCUGCCAGAGUGGACGAACGUCUCCAAGAGGCUUGUGAUGAUGACGAGGUUGAACGUACUUCAAACAACGCUUGCAUGAUGCCGGCCAUGAUGUCAGAGACUUCGUCUAAGUAUUGUCUUGAAGCUGAGGCCACUAAUAGUGAUGUCACUGGCUGUGAGAAGAACCCUGACUCCCUUUGGAUGACAGGGGAACUGGACGAGUGCAGAGCUGAAUCAGUGGACUCAGCUGACACAGAGCACAGCACCUCAUCCUUCAGGCAGUCAAUUACCAGCCAGGCUUCCUUCAAGGCAUCAGAUGCCUCCUCACUGGCCUCACUGGAGACGGUGGUAAACCUCAGCUCUGCUAACAAUGCUGCAUUAACAGCUAACCGUCAGAACAUGGCCGUAACUAAGAGCAGGACAGGGGCAGCAGGUCACAAAGGCUGGUACUGCAUCCCAUGCUGCCACACUGCUGAGGGGACUCCCAUUGAGCAGCCUAAGGUGCCUACAACUCUAUCGACGACAGCGAAGUUUCAGAACAAAAGCCAGAAGAAAUCAUCCAAGCCUUGUAAAGGAAAGAAAUUCAAUAAUUCAGUGGCACCCCUGCAUGUUUCAGCUGCUGCAGAGAAACCCAAGAAACCCUCGUUCGGUUCCCGCUUGUCCACUGCCUUGGUCAGGUUCUUUUUUGGAUGCUGUGGUAUCAAGAAGAAGAUCAGACAGUAGAGAAUCAUAUCAGCCACAAAGUUUAACACCAGACAUAUUUCAACGCUGGGUUUGAAAGAGUAAAACCCACAUAAAUAAACAGACAUAAUUGCACUCAAGU